CUACGGUGCCUCCUCUACCGCAGCAGGCAUUCAACUUGUGAGGCAUUUUAAAAUAACCGCGAGGCGAAAUGGUUUUGUAUUGUACAGACACAGGGAAGAGACCUCCUGACUGGUCAUGGCAUCAAAUUAUAAACGGUGAUGAUUCAAGCGGCGGGCCUGCAUCAUCAUCGCAGCAGCCUUUGACGGUGACUCAGAGCGAGGCGGAAAAUGUGUAUAAAUGUAAUGGUUUAGAUUUGAUUCUCGACAUCGCACUGCACCGCUUGAUCACUUUUCCUGCUAAUUUUGGAAUCGAUCUCCAUCCACUGGCGGAAGCUGGACUUUUUUAUGAUCAAGUUAGAAAAACUAUCAAGUGCCACUUUUGCAAGUUUGAAGCCAAAAGUGCAGCGUGUUUUAAAGGCAAGAACGCGAGUGGAAUUUUAAAAAUGAAGCCGAAUUGUGUCAUCGGCCAAAAAUCUUCCAAAAACGUCCCAAUGGGGAACAUAAAUAGUGUUUUGAAUUACAAAUACGAAUCUCAUCGACUUUAUUCGCUGCUGAAAAAGAAGGACUGGAAAUUCGUGACGCCCGAAGAUUUGACGCGAUUGGGGUUUUACUACACCGGCCAAGAGGACAAUUGUCGCUGCAUUUACUGCAAUUUGGAGGUGCGCGGGUGGGAAGACGGAGACACGCCCGACGGCGAGCACAAACGGUGGAACCCAAACUGCCCUUUCAUGAAUAACCCUGAAGCCGUUGUCAAUAUAAAAAUUGGCCAAGAAUUAACUGAAAAAUAUUGCGACUCAGUUGGAAAAAAUAAAAUUGGAAUUGGAUCGAAUCCAUUCAAAUUUGAGUCGCUGGAAAAAUAUGGAAGCAACAUCAAAAUGAUAUCUGAUAAUCCUUUGGUCACAGCCCAUGAUUUGAAUAUUCACGAUUACACUUCACCGAAGCACCCUGAAAAAAUUUUCAAAUCAGAACGUCUAAAAACUUUUAAAAUUGGCCCAAAGGACUUUCCCAAACGCCGGAAGUUCUGGCAUAUUUGGGAUUUUAUUACACCGGCUCCGGCGACCGAGUUGUUUGUUUUCACUGCAACCUUGGCCUGAAGGACUGGGCGCCUGGCGAUGACCCUUUCAAGGAACACGCCAAGUGGAACUCAGGGUGCCAACACCUCAUCAUGCAAAAGGGCUCAGAAUUCAUUCGGCAAGCUCUUCACGGAAACAAAAAUCAAGAAAAUGAACAAGCGAUGGAGAUGUGCAGUUCUUUCUCUAAUAAACUUUGUUCAAAUU